AUGGAUGACAUCUACAAGGCCGCGGUAGAACAGCUGACAGAAGAACAGAAAAAUGAGUUCAAGGCAGCCUUUGACAUCUUCGUGCUGGGCGCUGAGGAUGGCUGCAUCAGCACCAAGGAGCUGGGCAAGGUGAUGAGGAUGCUGGGCCAGAACCCCACGCCCGAGGAGCUGCAGGAAAUGAUUGACGAGGUGGAUGAAGAUGGCAGCGGCACAGUGGACUUCGAUGAGUUCUUGGUGAUGAUGGUUCGGUGCAUGAAGGAUGACAGCAAAGGGAAGUCUGAGGAGGAGCUGUCUGAUCUCUUCCGCAUGUUUGACAAGAAUGCGGAUGGCUACAUUGACCUGGAGGAGCUGAAGAUGAUGCUGCAGGCCACAGGUGAGACCAUCACAGAGGAUGACAUUGAGGAGCUCAUGAAGGACGGGGACAAAAACAAUGAUGGCCGCAUUGACUACGACGAGUUCCUGGAGUUCAUGAAGGGCGUGGAGUAG